UGAAUGCAACACAGACGGUGGAGGCCCAUUGAGCACAAAACGCGCACACUCGAGUGACAAUGCUUUGGUUUCCGCCAUCCCACAUUCUAUGAAUGAGAUAAUCCGGAGAAGCAUUCCCGCACCAGCGGUCAGGGUACCUAAGGUCCGGCUGCCGCGCGGAGCCGCCUUGACCUUUUGUCACUACCUCCGUUAUUAUUUUGCAAAAGCAAUGUGAUCGGCAGCCUUGCAUCGAGCUACGCGGCGUGGAGGCUGGACGGUCAUCUUCCGCCUUAUGGCGCACGGUGCGAUCUACUUUGUUUGGAAGGAGGUGGGUCAUGGCCUAGAUUGGUAACACGAUGCGUCCAGAACCAAAGACCGCUCGCCCAAAGUCGCCAACUUCAAGUCCCGUCGAACCAAAGGCUGACUGCGAGAUGUUUCUAAAGUGUACGAAACUCCGAAACCACCCAAAGCCCUUCUCUCCACCAAACAGUUGUGGCACCAUGUGCAAGGUGAAAUGUGUUCGAUUGGACAAGAAACAAAAGAUCGGUGCAUUGCGUGCUCGUGUUGGUCACAUGGUGCUGCAAAAGCUCCCUUGUUCGUGUUGCGCACGGGACAGAUCUUGUGAGUGCGUGCUCCUCACUCUUGCUCCCUCUCACAGACUUUACCAGAGUAAGACAUCUCCGCCGUGUUUGCCUACAAGUACCUGUUUCUGCAGAAUGAGCGCGCUACAUUGUUCGCUGACAAAGCUGCGAAUACCUUGUCAGUGCCGGUUUCGUCUGUCGACAUUCUAGUUGCUGACCACAACGGUUCUAAUUUUGAGCAUCUCCAUCCUAUCGAUAGGAGAUGAAAGACGGCUUUCAUGAAACUACUUCCCUCCACAAGGACUUGGCUUUCUAGAUCGGAUGAACCACACCACCGUCUCGAGCAACACUGGAGCAGCAAUUGGUUAGAACUGCGACGGUCACAGCCUCGACCUCCGUCAGAUGACUUGUGGCGCAAAGCGACGAUAAGGGUUCGAGUCGAGUUUUGCAGCCAACAGGAAGAAUGUAAUCCCAUUCGGUUUCGAAGCGUGAGCGGGACAAUAUUGAGUCGCUCGCAGAAGUGGAUUGCUGCUGUGCCGGCAUUGUUUCGUCCAAGUUUCCAAUCCCAGACACAAAACGCUUACAAGGCUAUCCUCGACAGAGAAGACAAUGUCAGUAUCCGUCGGACGUGGGCAGAUACGACAAUCCCAAGCACCACCGUUGUCGUGCCUUCUCCGCAAUCCGGGUAUCGUUACCUGCAGCUCGAAAAUCUGAUACCCAACGCCGAGACGUUUCGAUUCUUGCGCGUGGUCUGUUCCAUCACACCACCCGCACCAGUUCCUACCCUUCCGUGGUCUUCCAGAGAGUUAUCUCCUAGCCGAUCCUCGGGCAUCAUCCUCGCGCUAUUGCCGGCUGACUAACAUGGAGCUUUUCACUUGAGAUCGCGUCCCUUGCAGCCUCGUAGGACCGACCCGGGAUACUAGCGAUGUCUUCCGUAACGGGAGCUGUUGAGCUCGACCUUGGUUCAUGCUCUGCUGUGACGAGCGGUGGGAAUUGACAACAAGUGGCAGAAUUCACUGUGCCGGAGCCGCAACCGCCGGGUUCCCUUGCACCCCGGCGCUGUCGCAAUAUCAACGUUGGUUAGUCACGGCAAACCAGACGCAUUGACCAACAACGAAUGAUUCCAUUCCACAAGGGGGAAGUUGUUCCCCGGUCUUCGACAAGAUUUUCCACGACAGAGGGCCAUGAAGACCCCUUUUCACAAACAAAGCCGGACGAAAGAUCGCAGAGAUCUAGGUAUUGGACCGUUUCCGCGCGCUCUUCCAAUCCCCUCUCCGUGCUAAGGAGAAGCGAAAUGGGCCUGCUACCUGGAACCGCUCGCUGACCCGCCCUCGAUAGACUGACUAUCACAACCUCUGUGAAAAACCAACCAACCACGGAAAUUCCCCCUUUUCUUGGGUUCCGGGAACAGCCAUAUUCUCGAGGAAGUCGAAGACGAACUGCAGCAUAAGGACAAACAAGGGUGACAGGAAGGAGAGCUGAGCGCAAUCUAUGAGAAGUACUCAAUGCUCGAGACUCGACGGUCGAAUCGUUACAUCCACGUUUAUGUACAAGAUAUUCCUCUCACUACGAAAAUUCCACCCGCUUGCUAUGCACGGAAUACCAGUACACCAUCUCUGACAAUCCCCCAAGGCACGCGUGUGACAGCUAUGCAACACUCUUUCAUCUCUCCUUCAGGCGCUGCUCGUCGCAAAACUUGUUCGUUUGCUACCAUGGGCACUUCAAUCUUUGACUUGUCCACUACGACGCGAACCUGGCUGAGCUGACGAGAAGUUCGAAAACAUUGGCAGGCGGAUCCGGCCGUCUCCUGUCGAAGCGAUGAAAACGUUCUGAAGCUUGUCCGCGGCGAGCAAGGACGCUUUAUUUCGGGGCUGCGAGGAAGUUUCAACGGCACCGCUCACGGACUUCUUUUUUGGUCUGAGCGCUCUGCUCUAACCUUCGAUCAGUCGGAUUGUAUAAACCUUGCCCUCCGGAGCGUGUUCGAAUCAGACGUUCACCCACAGAAAUCGUUGGAUGGCCAAUAUAUGGGUCGCUGAUCUUUCGCGGGAGUAACACAUCGCGGCGAACCUUCUCCAGUAUCUGAAGAAGCUUUCUUUCCUUAUGACGCACUCGACGAUUGAUUUCCUUUGCUUCUUGGUCCUGUUGUUUCUCUGUUGCGCCAGGAACCCUAGCGAUUUCUCCUUCGUAAAGUUCUGCUUGACGUAUCUCACGCGCUUCCGCCACCGCACUGAAUGAUUUCUUGUCGCCUGCCUCGCGUCGUACAGCAUCUUCGAUCCCGACUACUUCUGUGGCGGGGAUGUGGUCCGCUGGUGAUUUGCUUCCCAAUACACCGGACCGAUCCGGCUCAGCGAAUUCUCGAGGCUGUUUUGGCGGGUCAGCCCUGAUCUUCCUUCCGCGAAGGAGGACACCUUGGAUUCGGUCUCUAUGAUAAGGCAUGCUUUGGACAAAGCGACAGGUUUGAGGGGCGACCUUCCGAAGCGCCAU